UUAGGGAGGGUUGUUUGUGUGUGUGCUGUAUGUGCUUUAUUUAAAGGUACACUUUGGAAUAAAAUAGUGGAAUUUUAUAGCUGAGUAUAUUUUAAAACUCUUCUUAAUGCCUCACCCAUAUUUCUAAUCUGCAAGCCACUCAAGGGUGUAGAGCUUCAGAGGAAACUGGAUGCUGUGUUAGACAUGGAAAUUUUAAGGGCAUAAGCUGUUACCCUAGAAGGGCUUGGUGAGGUUUGUCUAUAACAUUAGCAAGAAGCUGAAGAUGUAAAGAAACCUUCCACAUUAUCAAAUUUCCCAGUUGAUUUUUCAAGCUGCUUGAACAGUGCUGGAGAACUGGAGGAAAAAAAACCAAAAAAAAAAAAAAAAACCAACAAAAAACAAACCCAAAACAAAGCCAACAAAACCGAACAAACCGAAACCCUCCAACAAAACCAAACCUCCUACAGUAUCACCUAGGGGACAGGAAUGGCACACAUUUAACAAGGGCGGCGGAGGCGGAAACAGGCGGAAGGCGCUGCUGGACAGCUCCGGAGCGCGGCGCCCAUGUUCCGAAGACGGUGCAGAUGUGACGUGAUGCCCCUUGUUUUGGUUCGCCCGACCAAUGGAACGCAGCGGCUGGAUCCUACGGGUGCCGGGAUGGGCCCUUCGUGGCGGCAGCAGGACUCUCCCCUGCCGACCAUAACGCAUUGCGCAGCGUGCACCACCGCCCGGUCCUCCUGCGGCUUUAACGGCACCGGCAUGGACCCGCCGCCCCAGUUUCCGGCGGGCUUUGGCCCAGAGCAGCAGCGUCCGCCGCAUUGUCAGCAGCAGCACGGCCAGGACAAGCAGAGCCUCCUCCAGCAGCAGCAGCAGCAGCAGAGCCCAUGCCUCCAGUGCAACAACUGCGCCUACUAUGGGGCUGCUGCGGCAGCCGCGGGGGAUAACCUGCCCCUGCUGCUCCGCACCAUCUCGCCCCACUCGGGCACGUUCCGGACUCAUUCCUCACCGCUGUCUUCCGCUGCCUCCUCUCGGCAGGGCAGCCAGCUGAACGUCAGCGAGUUCACUUCCUCCAGCCAUGCCGGCGCGUCCAGGCAGCACCACCAGUACGCCCAGUACCACCAGUGCCACAGCCUGCAGCAGCAGCAGGCAGCGAGCCCCAGCAGCAGUAUCAGCAGCGGCAGCACCCACCACUACCAUCACCACCAUCAUCACCACCACCACCACCAGCGCAGGGAGAGCAACCCAUUCACUGAAAUAGCCAUGAGCAGCUGCAGGUACAACGGCGGCGUCAUGCGGCCGCUCAGCAACCUGAGCUCGUCCCGUAGGAACCUACAAGAGCUGAACUCCGAGUCGCAGCCGCUCCAGCAGCCGCUCGCCAGUCCCUCUGCCGCCGCCACCGCGGGCACCCCCACUGCUCCGGAGAUCGUGGUCUCCAAGCCCGAGCACAACAACUCCAACAACCUGGCGCUCUACGGCUCCGCCGGCCCUGGUCCCGGCCCCGGCCCGGGCAGCGCCAACAACAGCGGGGGCAAGUCCAGCAAGAAGAAGAACCAGAACAUCGGGUACAAGCUGGGGCACCGCCGGGCGCUCUUCGAGAAGCGCAAGCGCCUCAGCGACUACGCGCUCAUUUUCGGCAUGUUCGGCAUCGUCGUCAUGGUCAUUGAGACUGAGCUCUCCUGGGGCGCCUACACCAAGGAGUCGCUGUAUUCCCUUGCUCUGAAAUGCCUUAUUAGCCUGUCCACGAUUAUCCUGCUCGGGCUCAUCAUCGUGUACCAUGCAAGGGAAAUACAGUUGUUCAUGGUGGACAAUGGAGCAGAUGACUGGAGAAUAGCCAUGACUUACGAGCGUAUUUUCUUUAUCUGCUUGGAAAUACUGGUGUGUGCUAUACAUCCCAUACCUGGGAACUAUACAUUUACAUGGACAGCCCGGCUUGCCUUUUCUUAUGCUCCAUCUACAACAACAGCUGAUGUGGAUAUUAUUUUGUCUAUACCAAUGUUCUUAAGACUGUAUCUUAUUGCCAGAGUUAUGCUUUUGCACAGCAAACUCUUCACUGAUGCCUCAUCUAGAAGCAUUGGAGCAUUAAAUAAGAUAAACUUCAAUACCCGUUUUGUUAUGAAGACUCUCAUGACAAUAUGUCCAGGAACUGUACUGUUGGUUUUUAGUAUCUCAUUAUGGAUAAUUGCUGCAUGGACUGUCCGAGCUUGUGAAAGGUACCAUGAUCAACAGGAUGUUACUAGCAACUUUCUUGGAGCAAUGUGGUUGAUUUCAAUAACUUUUUUAUCCAUUGGAUAUGGCGACAUGGUACCUAAUACAUACUGUGGGAAAGGAGUCUGUUUACUCACUGGAAUAAUGGGUGCUGGGUGUACUGCACUGGUGGUAGCUGUGGUGGCAAGGAAGUUAGAACUUACCAAAGCAGAAAAACAUGUGCAUAAUUUCAUGAUGGACACCCAGCUAACUAAAAGAGUGAAAAAUGCAGCGGCCAAUGUACUCAGGGAAACAUGGUUAAUUUAUAAAAACACAAAGCUGGUUAAAAAGAUAGACCAUGCAAAAGUAAGAAAACAUCAACGCAAAUUCUUGCAAGCUAUUCAUCAAUUAAGAAGUGUAAAAAUGGAACAAAGAAAACUGAAUGAUCAAGCAAACACUUUGGUGGACCUGGCAAAGACUCAAAACAUCAUGUAUGACAUGAUUUCUGACUUAAAUGAAAGAAGUGAAGAUUUUGAGAAGAGAAUUGUUACACUGGAAACUAAACUGGAAACUUUAAUUGGUAACAUUCAAGCUCUCCCUGGACUGAUUAGCCAGACAGUCAGCCAGCAACAGAGGGAUUUCCUCGAGGCUCAGAUACAAAAUUACGAUAAGCAUGUUGCCUACAGUGCUGAACGAUCACGAUCUUUGUCAAGAAGAAGGAGAUCAUCCUCUACAGCACCACCAACUUCAUCAGAGAGUAGCUAGAAGAGAAUAAGUUAACCACAAAAUAAAGACUUUUUGCCAUCAUAUGGUCAAUAUUUUAGCUUUUAUUGUAAAGCCCUAUGGUUCUAACCAGUGUUAUCUGGGUUCUGAUGUCAGAAUCCUGGAAACCUGAAUAUGCUUUAGGCCAAAAUGAGUUGAAAAGUCUUCUUUUUUCCCCCCUCCUCCUCUCAGAUACACAGUGAAUGCACCUAUUACUGCUAUAUUAGAUUGUUCCUUCUGUAAUUUCUCUAACUUUUUAAUCAUGCACUUCAAACAAAUUUUACUACUACAGUAUAUAAUAUAAUAAAAAGGUUAAUUUCUGCACAUAGUUGCUUGGUUACUUGGACUUAACAAUUAAAAAAAAGAUCACAAUCAAAAGGCCUAAUUAUCAGCUUUCAAGAAGCAAAAUUGAAGCUUGAUAAAUAUUUCUCAGUAUGAAAAAUAACUCUCUAAACUUUGCUUGCAGUGGAGGGGGAAAAAAAUCAAUAUUAAUCUGGCAAUGUCCUGUAUACAUAUAGUCAUUUUAAAAAGUCACUGAUAGCUUCGAUUUCUGAAGUAAAAAUAUAGUUUAUCCUAAAAAAUAA